GUUGAUUUUAGUCAUGCAAAUUUUCCCCGAAAAUUACUGAAAACAAUAACUUGGACGCCGAGGCGGCAAGCAGGCAGCCGGCAUUAAAAAUAAUGGCACGUAUGGUUGUGCUAGGAUGCUCUCUCGUUAUUAUACCGGCCAUGGGUAAGUUAACUUCACUUUUUUACUGUGUUCUAAUGCACCUAUCAAUGGUUUGCCCCAGGAUGGGGGGGCCGGGCAACCCACGGGAAAUUUGACAUUUUCAGGUUUUCAAAUGUCAAUUUCCCCACCCUUGGGUCUCCAUUGUAAGUCAAAUUCCCACCCCUGGGAACCACUGACCUUCAUAGUAAGUUCAACGGAAUGAUAGGCACUCACAUCAAGUUUAUUGCAGCACACCUCCAGACACAACACUGAUUUGAACAAACAACGAUUAAACAAGAUCCUCUCAAAACAAUCCAAAUUGUAUUUCUGGUAGAAAAAAUUUUUUUAGGGUAGAAUUAUUAAAAAAUUGACAAAGAAAGUAUCAAAAAAUAAGAUUAUUUAAUAAAGCACCACUUGUCAUUGUUUGGUGAGAUUUGGCACAGGUUUCGGGAUUCACGCCUGGAAUAGGUUGUAUUACGCUUUCAUCCAACUGAUGUUUGUAACUGAGGUCCACAAUUGACCAGAAUAUCAUUUAAUUUAACAUUUGGAGUAUACUAGCAAAUCUAUAAACACAGAGAGUAUCGAAAACUUGAGGCAGGGCGGCAUCCUCUGAAGACAGGUAACUAGGAAGUAAAUUUUGAUCUAAAUGAGCUCUUGUGCGAAUAUUUCUUCUCAAAGCUGAAGGAAAAAUACUUUAUGUUAUUAGAACUUUAAAGACUGAGCACUGAUGGGCAUAAAAAACAACAUUUUUGCUUUAAAAAAAGCAACACGAUGCUCCUUACCUUUAGUUCAGCCAUCCUUAGACGCGGGAAACUCGUUCAAAUGGACGGAUCACUCACUCAUUCCCAGGUCCUCUCCACUUGUCAAGAUGGCGGUCGAGUCAAAUUUCCCACCCUGGGACCGUUGUGGAUGUCAAAAUCCCCACCCACGUGCGCUUUACGAAGUCUAAUUCCCGUGGGUUGCCCGGCCCCCCCAUCCUGGGGCAAACCAUUGAUAGGUGCAUAAUAUGAUCACUGUUCAAGAGAUGAUUCGAUUUUCUUGUAAUACCGUGGUUUAUAUGGACAAUGAACUCGCUAGCUCAGAAAGUCAGGCGCACUUGUUUUUCUACCGAGAAAUAAAUAAAUUUAACAGCUCAUUUCAUCGAGUCGCAGCUAUGGUUGAAGAGCUAGUCCGUACCGGCGGGUUUCAAACUUGCUCCCGUUUCGCCUGUAUGGUAUAAAUUUGAAAACAGAAGAUUCAAUAGCUCUACUCAAGUUGUACACCAGUUUUAUGGCGCAGAGUGUAUCGAAAAUGAAGCCUCCUGGUUGACAAAGAACAGGCUUUUCGAGGUCGAAACGUAGCAACGUGUCAACAUACGAAGUAAAAAACGUGCAAUGGUUGUUCAUACUUCGCCCAAAGUGUCACGAAAUUUGUGUUUUGUGGUUGCAUAUACAUAAAUUUACUUUUCCCUUAUAAUGCUAUUGCAUUAUAAGACGAAUGCUUUUGGCCUCAUUUCAUAAGCCAGGUUCUUCUUGUUAUCAUUUUUCAGUACAUAAAGAAACUGCUAUUAAUAAAUAUACAGCAUUGUGACACUGAACACUGGAGAAAUGUUUAUUGUUGAUGCAGUGCUGUACAAAUUCUAUCUUAAGGUACUUAAGCUGCGUUAGUUUUGAAUGAAUUUUGUUGUGCGUUCAUCCGAUCAACUUAGUACUACGUUCGAUUGCCACUGACGCUACAGCACGUAAUUCCGAAGAAGCCACGCGACAUUUCAAAAUGCCCCGAACAUCAACAUUUCCCACAACAAAACUACAUAAAUUUUUUCCAAUUGUUUUCUAAUUUCAUGUAUUGUAACGCACGUUAAUUUGGAAUGAAAUAUAUGUUUCCGAACAAUUGUGAAAAGUAACCAUUUCCCCGUCGUUCAUUAAUUAUUAAGGACUAAAAUUUGCGAAUAUUUUUUUAAUAAAGAUGUCGGUUGCUUGAGAGCUCUUAAGACGUCUUCGGCUAUUCCGUAUCUAGGUUAAAGUGUUUACAUUCUCAGCAUGUUUCUUUUGUGUGUGUAUGCUGAUGUGUUAAAAAAUAUUCGAUGAAAUGUUCGUGUUGCUACGAGCAACAUAGAACUAACUAUACUCUGUAUCAGCUAUUCUCCUGUCGUCAGACGAAUGUAGUAUUUAAUAGCACUCUUCCCUUCCUUUUCCUUUCUCGGGUCAUGUGGUGAAGGAGUAUUUUUCUUUUUAUUAUCGCCCCCGUAGGGAUUUCGACCAGAGCGCGAAAUCCCGAGGAGGCACUCUAGUAACUCGCCCGAAUAUCAAGGAACGUACUUACAGUUCAGGGCCCAGUUGUUCGAAGGCCGAUUAGCGCUAACCCAGGGUUAAUUUUAAACCCGGGUUUCUUUUUCUUUUUUCAAAAGCAUUUUCUCGAAUAAUUUUCUCUCUUCUUUAUAGAGCAUUCAAUCAUCAAAUUGUAGGCAAAAAGAAUAAAACUGAAUUUGCUUCUGAAGCUUUUAUAUCUGAAAUCAUAUUUCGCCCUAACCCUGGGUUAACUUAACCCUGCUUUGAAAAACCCGGCCCAGAAAUAUACAGUCAGUAUGACAGAAAAGAUCUCGAUUUGCUUGAACAGCGACCGUGAGGUAUCGGUGGGUAAUGAUGACGUUUCUAUUGUUCGCGCCCGCAAGUGAUUUCUUGCUGUUAUAUUGUAUUGUUAGUUAAUCACUAGCCUUAAUUUUUAUAAAUUGUAAUUAUCACACGGCAUGUCUGAAAACCAGCUUGCUGAGCCAUUUACCGUGUUUAAAUAAAGUUGAUUGAUUGAUUGAUUUAUUGAUUGAUUGAUUGAUUGAUUGAUUGAUUGAUGGUUAGGGACGGACCAUUAGUAAACUUAUCGGGGGGGGGGGGCGAAGUAAAAAAAAAAAAAUGCCGCGCAAGGGAAAAUUCAAUGAAAAAAAUUCAUGCACGCCAGGAGCCCAUCACGCCAAUUAACCCUAAAAAAUAUUCAUGCUAUGGCCUAAAAAAAAACUCAUACAAGGAAUUUGAUGACGAAAAAAAAUUCCCGCGGCUUGAAAAUUCCCCACCCCCCCCCCCCCCCCCAUAACUUUUCUAACGGUCCAUUAGGAUGUCCUACUUCGAUACUCUUGCGUUACGUGUUAUCUGUGACAGUCUGUGGAGCAGUUGUUUUGCAAGUUAUGGACCAAAAGACACACCCGUUAAGCCAGUAGCUAGAGGUUAUAAGAUGCUGAGAGAUUUUGCCGGACUCCAGGAGCAUGGGCUCUUGCGGACACGAGUUCACAAAUCUUCGGAUUGGAAACAAUUCGCAAGACACUCUUCCUCUCUCUUAGUGGGAAUAAGACUCAGUCCCAAACACUCAAGACGAGUGAAUUUAGCAGUACUAUAGUCUGCUACACAGCCCUUUUUAGUGUUGUCACGCAACGCUCCUCCCGGGAGAAGCGUUGCGUGACGACACUAAAACCGGCUGUGUAGCAGACUAGCAGAACGAUGGAAGAUUACAGAAAUUCACUGACAAUCAAAUUCUGUGCUGAUUGAUCCCCUGCUCACGUAUGUCCUUCUAUAAACUUUUAAAAAAGACUAGAACGCGCGAGCGUGAAUUGAUCAAACCUUUUAAUUUCUCCGGCAAAUAAAAUGAACUGAACUUGCAUGGCUCAAUUUGACUUGUAGCCAUGCCCCCCCCCCGGGCACACCCGCGGAGAUUUGCAGAGGCCUCAGAUUCCCCACCCCCGGGCACGCAGAAAGUAGACCAUUCCACACCCCCGAGCUCCUGAUCGACCUCAUACACGUUUUUUGCUCCAUCUUUUUGAUCCGUACAAAAGCAAAACGACACGUUUUCAAAACUUUUAUAUCCGUUUUCCAGAGUUUAUUGAGAGAGGGAUAAUGGAUGUCAUGAUGUAGUUAAAACGUGAACAAUAAAUCUGAAAACGAAAACGAAGAAGAACAACUCUUUAAAAAGAGACUCCUUGAUAGAACUUCAAUAAGAACACUGGACCGAAUCUCUGAUUCUCGCUAUAUAUAUAUCAAAAGCCAGGAGCCGAUUACUAUCGGCUCCGACAGUCAUCGGCUCCUGCAAAAGCCUUGUAUUCGUUUUCAUAUAAGUUUUCUUUUCAUUAUUUAAAGUUAGCCUUAAGAAAUAUUUCUGUCCUAGUUUCCAGAAAAUAAAGUCCAUUCGAGUACGCAUCAUAUGCACAUUAGUUUCAGAUUUUAAAACAUACUUUCAGACUUAAAUUUUGAUAAGUAAUUCCUCUCCAACCACUCUCCGACAAAUUCCUGCGUUUUUCCAUAAAAAUCACGUAAUGUUGAGGUCCACAGCCAUCGUGUAUACCGCGCGAGAAAUGACACGUACUUCGCAAAAUCAAAGAGGAGAUAUUCUUGAUUUGCUUCACCCCCACCCCCCUAGCCCCAGGACAGGACCGCUUCAAACAAUUCCCCACCCCCGGGCCCGAAGGGCUGGACUUGUCCCAGGGGUUACCCGAGGGAAAUGGUAACAGGUCAAAUUGAACCAUGCACGAAAGUGAAAGAGAAAUAGCGAAAAAUUCAACUUCCAAUGAAAUAUUUUCUUGUGGUUUCAGAAUAAACUAUUCUCGAAACUGAGAGUGCUUUGAUCAAAGCUGAGUAAAUCGAACUGAAAGAGUGCAUGGAAUCAUGCGUUUCCUGUUUUUAUCUUACCUAUUGUAUGGAAUAUGUGUGAAAAUCUUCGUUAUGAAUCAGUAUAAGAGCUACACAACGACCAAGAAUGCUAUUGACCAACAGUAUGCAGAGCGGGGACAGCUGUAGUGUCAACUAUUAUUAGCUACUAUUAUUAUAACACUUGAAAGUGCAACCCGUGUCACAAUGUUUUCUUGCAAAUUGUGUUGUAAUUCAAUGUAGGCGCGUACGCGCGAGAGAGGGAGAGAACUAGUAGAAAGGGAAAAGGAGAAAGAAAAAAGAGGUUUUAUAGAAUCACCACGUGACCAGAUUUUCCCUUUACCUGUCAUUUACUGUUCAUUCUAUGUAAACGAAUUUACCAGCUUCACAUUAAUAUUUCAUCCAUAAGAAUUACUUUGCACAGUUUUUUCUAUUUUGAAAAUCGUCAACUUGAAACUGACAUUUACCUUUUGCUAGAAAGACCGCGCUGAAUAAAGGCGAUGUGGUGUAUGUUGGAAGCAUCGCGACCAUCGGCAAGGCUGAUUUUACAGUCGGGAAUAUAUAUUUUUUUUGUUAUUUAUACGUCGGAAGAGGGGGCCUUCCUUCUUCUUUCAUACAAUGAUAAGGUUAAGUUAAGACGUUACAAUUUGAAAUAAAGGAUAGAGUGCUUCAACAGUAUUUGCUUCAUAUACUUUUAACUUGUUCACUUUUACCUUUUUUUUCUCACGUGCUAUUAUAGUAUCACAUCGCACGCUAUCAUUUAUUUCAAAUUGUAACGUCUUCGCUUAACCUUAUCUAUCACUGUAUGUAAGACCUUGAAGAAGGGAGGCCGUGCCUUCUGAAAUAAUUGUUCGAUAUCUUAUGAUAGCUGAAAUGACGUUUACACUCUACUACUCUCUCCUCCGAAGGGGCCUCUUUGAAUCGUUAGGAGUCUGGGGAGAGGGGAAAAGAAAGCGCGCAGGGGUCUUCCGCGUCGUCCCCCGCGCACUAGCCGUUUUUCGAUUAUUGCUAUUUUUAUUGGGUAAGAAAGUGCCCAGCGGUUUUCUUCAUAACAAGGGUUUGUACGGGUUGCUCAGUCUCGUGGGCUAACAAAGCCUCCCUUUGGUCGAUGUUAUUUUGUAUUUGUAUUUUAUUGGGAUACCCAGCAUGAGCCUCUGCAGAAGAGAGAGACUCUACUAUGAACUACCGUAUUUAUUCAAAUAAGCGCCCAACCUCGAAUUAGCGCCCACCUCGAAUAAGCGCCCACCCCCUCCUCCUCCCAUUCAAACUCAAAUAAGCGCUCACCUCCACCCCACCCAAUUGAGUGAAUAAAUUCUAAUAAGAGACUUCCCCGAGGACGGAGUUUUCUUCAGAGUAUUUUACAGAAACCUCGAUUUGUUACUUCUUCGCGUUUUGUUAUUAGCAUUUAUUGUUUUGUUGCAAAAUAAACAUACUUCACUUGCUGAAACUGGUGAAAAUUUCAUAAGCGCCCAGCCUCGAAUAAGCGCCCACUCUCAAGGUUCAAAAAUUUAAUAAGCGCCCAGGGCGGUUAAUCGAAUAAAUACGGUAUGCCAACUUCACACACCUUGUUAUCACGAUCGCAGAGCGUGAUAACACUCCAUAUAACUUGAAUACUAUACUUCUGGCAGCGAUCAUUACUUUAACAGCACAAUACGGUGGAAGCUCUUCAGACGGACACUUACGGCCGCCUUCACAUCACAAGAGCCCGCUUUUCUCAACUCCCAUACAAACACUGUAUUUUUACAAUCCCUUGAGCGCAUGGCCAGCUCCAGUCAGCACGGACACCUUUUUCGCGUCGCGAGGGUGUCUACUUACGAGAGUUCCACUGUAUUGCGAAUCCGAUGUUGAAUCAACACAUAAGCCCGGAAUCAUCAACCAAUCGUAACUAAGUUUCAUGACGCUAGGUGAAACAUGAUUCAUUCAUCCCCGGUUGACCACAGACUGAAUUAUCGCUCAAGUAAAAUAUAAUAUUUCAAACUCAGCUUAAUUUCAUUAGAAACGGAUUGACUGUUUUGUGAGAAUCGGGGCUAAUUGUAAACGUUUUUGCAUCUUGAUUUUCCAGUUUUUUUUUCCUGCGGAUGACAUGAAGUUACACGUAUGGAGUCCUUAAAAGGCCUCCAAGGUGGGAUCGUACGCGGGUCAAGACAAAAAAUGCGCCGGUUUUUUCCGCGUCGCCUGUCUCUUAUUUCUUUUCUAUUAGUUUGAGUUGCAAGUCGUUAAGGCUGUUGCGAAUUAGAGACCCUCUCCUCUUUCUCUUUAAGCCCAAAGAGGAGAAUGGAUGAGCUCAUUAAUGUUACCCCUGAAGCUGAGAAAAGGCCGUCGCGUUCAUCGACCUUAUAGAAAAAACGCUUGCUUUUCUUGACUAGCUGGGGGAGAUGCCCAUAAACUGCAUGUAUAUCGACUUUGUCAUUCAGAAAACGUUUGUUCUACAUUAUCCUGAGAAAAAAUCCGAUAUUUUGCGACGCAACCACUUGCUUUCCGGGUGAUGAAGUCUGAAGAACAAGCGACUGAAAGUCCAUACUGAUGACGUGUCACUACGUAAAUGCCCAGAUCUUGCAUCUGACUGGAUGAGACAAAUUAUCAACCGAUCGGAAGCGCUGCCCAGUUGUGGACAGUGGCACGUCAUCAGUGUGGAAUUUCUGCCCUCGUUUCUAACACUUCAUUUCGUAGAGCAACUAGUGGUGGCGUCGCGAAAUGUCGGCUGUUUUCUCUGGCUAGUUCUACAUUGUUAUUGAUGUUAUUUUUGUUUUGUAUUUUUUUUUUCAAGUUUGGUGUCUUAAAUGUUACCACUGUUCUGAUGCAGUCACGCAAUGUCAUCCCAGCGGUAACAGGUCCACAGUUCUCGAGUGCACUCCGACAAUGAAUCGAUGCUACAUGAGAAAAAUUACGGAAAAAGAAUCUGAAGACCAAUUGGACGGAGGCUGUACGAAUGAAGCUGGGUGCACGAUACACCAUAAACAAUGUGCCAGCUCUGGAGACUGCACAUCUAGUUGUUGUGAGUCUGAUCUUUGCAACAGCGGCCUAUCGAGCAAGACAUGCGCAAUUUCAAGUUCUCUUCUAAUAACUGGAUACUUCGUAAUCAGUUUGUUGUUGUGAGUUCCUUCUGUUCAUCAAGACAUCUUCCAGGAAAACAACGAGGAAGGAAAAUUCCCUGACAAGAAUUCAAGACAGCAAGUUAAAGUAAUCAUCAUGAAUUUACGUCUUUCAAGUGUUACCAGAGGGCUCGAGGGAUACUUGAGCCGAGUUCACUGGGGAUGCGGUUACUGCUAAGGGUCUGAGCUCUGACCCUGUUGAGGUUAAAAGAAAACGUAACAAGACCUGAUCUGUUUAGAACGACGCCUUCUUUUGUAGAACCCUGUUUAGCACAAAAAACGAAAUACCUGCUCCUUUCACUCAGUGGUAUCUCAAAAAAAGAGAUUAGGAACGUCUCGCAUAAAAAUAUAUAGACCCUUUCCAGGACAAAGAGGCCACAUAGUAAGCCGUAUGUAAUCCAGCAAUAUUCCCCAAGUCCAAUUAUCCGUGAAAAGGAAAUGCCUUCACC